UGUUGCCGAGCGACAGAGAAAGCUUCACGAUCUUUCCUCCUCUCUCUGCUAACCCUUCAUCGCUGAAGCUGUUUCUCUUUCUUUUCCGACCCACGCCAUGGAGGUGUCGAUGGACCCGCUGUUUCUGGCCUGGAGCUAUUCCAGGAGGCGGAAACUCCAGCAGUGUUCGGACAUCUGUACCAAAAUAUUACAAGACAACCCAUACGACCAGGAGUCAUCCUUGUUUAUCUCAGAGGCUGCCUGGGGCUUGAAAACUCGUGCUCUGACAGAGAUGGUAUACAUAGACGAAGUUGAGGUCGACCAGGAGGGCAUUGCUGAGAUGAUGCUGGAUGAGAGCUCAAUAGCUCAAGUAGCACGCCCCGGAACAUCACUGAGGCUCCCGGGAACAAGUCAGGGCGGGGGGCCCACACCAGCUGUCAGGCCUAUGACACACGCCGGGCGUCCCAUCACAGGGUUCGUGAGACCCAGCACACAGUCAGGGCGUCCUGGGACAAUGGAGCAGGCCAUCAAAACUCCCCGCACUGCGAGCACUGCUCGGCCGGUCACGAGUGCUUCUGGUAGAUUCAUCCGUCUGGGAACGGCUUCAAUGCUGACCAAUCCAGAGGGACCAUUUAUUAACUUGUCAAGACUAAAUCUGGCCAAGUAUUCCCAAAAGCCCAACUUGUCCAGGACGCUGUUUGAGUACAUCUUCCAUCAUGAAAACGAUGUGAAAAAUGCUCUAGAUUUGGCUGCGCAAGCUACUGAACACGCUCAGUUCAAAGACUGGUGGUGGAAAGUUCAGCUGGGAAAAUGUUACUACAGGCUUGGUUUAUAUCGAGAAGCAGAAAAACAGUUUCGAUCAGCUCUCAACCACCAAGAGGUGGUGGACACAUUUCUCUAUCUGGCAAAGGUUUACCAGCGCCUUGAUCAACCAAUAACAGCACUCAACCUUUUCAAGCAAGGCCUGGACCACUUCCCUGGUGAGGUCACCCUUUUAACAGGAAUCGCUCGGAUUCAUGAGGAGAUGAACAACAUUUCAUCAGCCACGGAGUACUACAAAGACGUGCUGAAGCAGGACAACACUCACGUGGAGGCUAUAGCGUGUAUAGGCAGCAAUCACUUCUAUACUGAUCAGCCAGAGAUCGCCCUGCGGUUCUACAGACGGCUGCUCCAGAUGGGGGUGUAUAACUGCCAGCUGUACAACAACCUGGGCCUGUGCUGCUUCUACGCGCAGCAGUACGAUAUGACUCUGUCGUCCUUUGAGAGGGCUUUGGCCCUGGUGGACAAUGAUGAAGAGCAGGCUGAUGUUUGGUACAACAUAGGCCAUGUGGCCGUGGGCAUAGGAGACUUGACACUGGCCUACCAGUGUUUUAAACUGUCUCUGGCUUUUAACAAUGACCACGCUGAGGCCUACAACAACUUGGCUGUGCUGGAGCUACGCAAAGGUCGUAUUGAGCAGUCUAAAGCCUUCCUACAGACAGCUGCAUCCCUGGCCCCUCACAUGUACGAGCCACACUUCAAUCUCUCCAUUCUCUCUGAAAAGAUUGGAGACCUUCAGAGCAGCUACACCGCAGCUCAAAAGUCUGAGGAUGCUUUUCCUGAGCACGUUGACACUCAGCAGCUUCUCAAGCAACUUCGGCAGCACUUUGCGGUGGUGUGAGCGUCAUGCGGCCGGCAGGCUUUGGCAGAGAGGUGUGGGAUCAGAGACACUGUGCUUCACACACACAAAGCUAUUAAGAUACUAAAAGGUUUGGCAGGAUGGUCAGACAUGGAAGUCAACAAAUGAGCAUUAGCUUUUGUUUAUUUAUUAAAUGGUAAAUACAGACCAAAUUGCCAGUUUGUAAGUUUUACCUAUGCUAUAGUUUAACAGAGUGUAGUUCCCGUUGGAAACAGUGGUGCAUUUUGUCACGUUUGAUCGUUUGAUCCACAAACUGUUCAUACCUACAGAAUUCCUGGUCAGUGGUAGUUCUCUGCAUCUCAGGAUGUCCUUGUGGGGGGUUGUGAAGAGUGUGAAGAGGACACGAUCACAGACAUUUAAGGAAUUGCUAGACCCGAACUGUCGAGCUCCAUUCAGUCCAGUUAAUACCAAGGCUACUUCCACACUACUACAUUUAUGUCUGACAUGCAUACCGCUCCGGAUGUUUUUAAAGCCCCUAAAACAGGGAAGUUUGGAAGCGCUGCUGGCUAUGUUUUACUUUGAAAACUCCCGUGUUGCAGUAUAGACGAAAAAAUGUAGACAUUUAGAAAUGAUGACGCAACUCAGCUACCAGUGGUGAAGACAAAACGUUACAAAACACUUACGUUCAGUAACAGUUCCAACUCAUCAUUAUCAGUCCGAGAAAAUAAAUCCUCUCUAUCAAUGAAUGGUCACGUGACGUGUGUUUUUAGGUGUGUUAGUAUGAUUGGAGAUUAUUACUGAUACGGAGCUAAAAUGCUGAUGUGGAUGUAAAUUAAAACAAUAACAUAUUGGUGUGGAUGUAGCCUAUGUGGUUUUUAUCAUGUCUGUGGCAUUUCAAGAUUAAUUUAACAAUUUACUGUUAGAUAACUCUCCACAUGCCACUCUGCAAGAACUAUAUUUAAUAAUAUCCCACAUCAUAUGACAUGUGGGAGGAUAUUGUCCUGAUAAUCUUUUAAACUUGUGCCCAGAUCUGUAUAGUGGUAACAUACGUGUACAUAGAUAAAGUAAAGAUUUUAUUUAUUACAGUAAAAUAAGUAACUUACAUUUUAUAGUUCAUUUCUUAACUCAGGUGUGUAUUUCAAAACCUCUCUUGCUAUUUUGUAUUCUCAACAAAAUAUUGAUGCGACAAUAAAAGGAACAAUUUGGAAGAUG